AUGAAGUUGUUUACGCAGGAUUGGCUUCUUAAACUUUAUUAUGAAGUAAACACUUUGAUAGCUGGUGUUAAAAAACAUUCUUUAUCAAUUAAUAAUGAUACAAAUACAAUGUUUAGUUAUUACGAAAAAGGUAAACGAGUACUCGGCCAAUCAACUAUGAUAUUUAUUCAUGGGUUUUCAUCGAACAAAGAAUCAUGGCUUUCUCUUAUGAAAAAUAUUCCAAAUGGUUAUCAUUGUAUUAUAAUUGAUCUUCCAUGUCAUGGAGAAACUAUUGAAUUAAAAGAAGAUGAUCCUAAUAUUGAUACAUUUCUUGAUAAAUUAAAAUUGUUUUUUGAUAAAAUGAAUUUAAUUGAACCAAUGUAUAUUAUUGGUACAUCAUUAGGUGCAACAGUUGCUGCUAUUUUUGCUACGAAAUAUCCAAAAUAUGUUAAUAUGAUGUGUUUACUUGCACCUGCUCCUAUAAGAAAAUAUGAAAGUGAUUUAAUAAAACAAAUACAUUCAGGAAGAGAAUAUAUACUUUUACCAGAAACUUCUGAACAAUUUCAUGCUAUGGCUGAACUAUUAACAAUAAAUAAUACUAAUCUACCGAAAGUAUUUGUUAAUAAAUAUUUUAAAUCAAGAUUACGUUUAUUAAAUGAACAAAAAGAAAUACUAAGAUCAUUUCUUGAAUAUGAUUAUCUUAAUCUUGAACAAUAUUAUGAACAAUUAAAAUAUAUUAAUUAUCCAGUAUUAAUUCUUUGGGGUCGUCAAGAUCAAUUAUGUGAAGUGAAAUGUGCUGAAUAUUUUUCUACAUUAAUUCCUAAUUCAGAAGUAAUCAUUUUUGAUGAUUGUGGUCAUUUUAUAUCGUAUGAUAAACCAGAAGAAACAGCAAAAAAUAUCAUUCAUUUUUUAGAUUUUCAUUCUUAUUGUUUGAUCAAUUUGUAA